AUGACCGUGUCGUCCUCACACAAUGCUUCUCCUACUACUCGCUCUCGUCCCCAUCGUGGUGGGGACUACCCAUUCAGAAAUAUCUCUCUACCCUGGGAGGACAGAGUCAACGAUCUCGUGGGUCGUCUCACCCUGGACGAGAUCAAGCUACAGAUGUCACGUGGUGGUGCGGGCUCUCAAGCCGGCCCCGCCCCUGCUAUACCCCGACUGGGUAUCAACCCCUACUCCUGGGACACUGAGUGUCUCAGGGGGGACGUGGGGGCGGGGGAUGCUACCUCCUUCCCCCAGGCCAUAGGACUUGGUGCCUCAUUUAGCCCUGAUCUGAUAUUUCGGGUGUCCCAGGCCACUGGUGAGGAGGUGAGGGCCAAAUACAACAACUACACAAGGUACGGCAUAUAUGGCGACCACAAGGGUAUCAGCUGUUUCAGUCCGGUUAUCAAUAUCGCGAGAGACCCCAGGUGGGGAAGGAAUCAGGAAACAUAUGGAGAGGAUCCAUUCUUGUCAGGAGUCUUUGCUGCCAGUUUCGUGAAUGGACUUCAGGGAAACGAUCCCCGCUACGUCAGAGCCAACGCUGGAUGCAAACACUUCAAUGUCCACGGCGGUCCCGAAAAUAUACCUGUCUCACGCGCAUCGUUUGAUGCAAAGGUGUCUGAACGAGACUGGCGGACUACAUUUCUGCCAGCCUUCCGCUCCUGUGUCAAGGCCGGGACCUACAGCCUCAUGUGCAGCUAUAAUAGCAUCAACGGCGUUCCAGCGUGUGCCAACAAGAAGCUUUUGACGGAUAUUCUCAGGACCGAAUGGGGUUUCAAGGGUUAUGUUGUCAGUGAUGAAGCUGCCAUUGAGAACAUCAUCACUGAACACCACUACCUCAACAACAGCGUAGAUACUGUCGCAGCAUGUGUGAAAGCAGGCGCUAACCUCGAAUUGUCCUAUAACAAAGAUGAACCGGUGUUCUUUUCAGUGGUUGAUGCUGUGAAACAAGGCAAACUGACUGAAGACGAGGUCAGGACCAGUGUGAAAGCGUUGUUCAACGUCAGAAUGAGGCUGGGAGAGUUUGACCCACCGGAAAUGAAUCAAUACACAAAGCUGAACAUGUCAAUAGUUCAGGGCGAGGCUCAUAGGAAUCUCUCUGUUGAGGCAGCAUUAAAAACAUUUGUGCUGCUGAAAAACGAAAAAACCCUUCCCUUAAAACCAUCUAGCUACAAAACUGUGGCGGUUGUCGGACCAAUGGCCAAUAAUACAUAUGAAAUGUUUGGAGACUAUACUCCAACAAUAAACCCCACAUUCACAACCAACCCAUUACAAGGCAUCCAGUCUAUCUGGUCCACAGUGAGGUAUGGAGCCGGAUGUACCGACAACAAAUGCACUCAGUAUAACUCCCAGGAAGUCCAGACAGCAGCAACAGGCUCCGAUCUCAUAUUUGUAUGUCUUGGAACAGGCCAGGAACUAGAAUCUGAAGCCAACGACAAGGCCAACCUCGACCUCCCUGGACAACAGCUGCAGUUGCUGCAGGAUGCUGUCAACGCCGGCCAGGCGUCUGGUGCCAAAGUCAUCCUCCUUCUUUUCAAUGCUGGGCCCCUCAACAUUACAUGGGCUGUCGAGAGUCCCAAUGUACAGGUUAUCAUGGAACUGUUUUUCCCAGCCCAGUCAACAGGCGAGGGACUGCGGCGAGUACUUCUGGCGGAGGGACCAAACUCAGUUCCUGCCGGAAGACUUCCGAUCUCUUGGCCAAGGUAUAUGAACACGGUGCCAGACAUGACAAACUACUCAAUGGUUGAACGCACAUACCGGUACGCCACAUAUCCAGUUCUCUUCCCCUUCGGCUAUGGUCUGUCCUACACCAGCUUCUUCUACGACAUGCUGGAGUACACCAGUGAGGUGAUAGCCGGGGCCGACUUGACUGGUGCUGUCUUCUUUCUCAAUCAAGGAUCCUUUGAUGCCGAUGAGGUCGUCCAGGUGUAUAUAUCCUGGUCUAACGCCACUGUGACAGUUCCACAUCUUCAGCUGGUGGACUUCAACAGAGUGUUUGCACCACGGGGUGUUCAGAAUCAGUGGAACUUCACCAUCUCGGCUGAAUCUAUGGCAGUGUGGACUGACGAGAAGGGAUGGGUCGUUGAGCCAGGUGUCAUUUCAUUUUGGGUAGGGGGUCAGCAGCCAAACGCCCAACCAGCCAUCGACUCCAAUGUCAUUCCCGGCCAGUUUACGGUCAUAGGACAAAAAGUACUUGGUCGAUAUUAAUUAUAAUUUAUUGUGUUUAUUUAAUUAUACAUAUCUGAUGUAGCAAUUGAUAAUAAACGGUACUGGGUAGGCACCACCUUCAA